AGCUUCAUUUCGCACCCACGCUCUAAAGAUCCAACUCCCCAAAGAAUCUUCCUACGUUGGGAGAUUUGACCAUUUCUCCAAUUCUUGCGCACCAAACUCGUGGAGUUAGAAGACAAAUACGAAUAAACUUCAAUUUGUUUCAAUAAACCCAAAUAAAUUUCUUUUAAACUAUGAUAGAAAUCUCUUGCAUUUCACCAUCAAAACAAUAAAUUACAAGCAAACCUUCUAAAAAUAGAAAAAUCAGAUUAAAGAUGUCAUUUUUAAGAAACAUCCUUAAACCCUCUAAUCUGAAAUCCAAAACCCAGUUUUCAGUUUCAUCAUCAACCUUUUACAACUCUCAUUUUCCUUCUAAGUACUGUACUUCUGCUUCUGUUACAUACCAUGCAGGACUUCAACCCACUAAGCCCGAAGAAAAGCCUAGAGUGGUUGUUUUGGGUUCUGGAUGGGCUGGAUGUAGGCUCAUGAAGGAGAUUGAUACCAAAAUAUAUGAUAUAGUUUGUGUAUCACCAAGAAAUCAUAUGGUUUUUACACCAUUGUUAGCAUCAACAUGUGUUGGAACUCUUGAAUUUAGGUCUGUUGCUGAGCCUAUUGGGAGGAUUCAACCUGCUAUUUCGAGUGAACCUGGUUCUUAUUAUUUUCUUGCUAAUUGUACAUCUGUUGAUACCAAAGAACAUGAGGUACACUGUGAGACUGUCACGAAUGGAGCUCAGUCAUUGGAUCCAUGGAAGUUCAAAAUAUCAUAUGACAAAUUAAUUGUUGCAUCAGGGGCAGAAGCCUCUACAUUUGGAAUCAAUGGGGUGCAUGAACAUGCAAUUUUUCUUCGUGAAGUUCAUCAUGCUCAAGAGAUCCGAAGAAAACUGCUCUUGAACUUGAUGUUGUCUGAUAUACCCGGUGUCUCUGAAAAGGAGAAGCAACGACUUCUGCAUUGUGUUGUUGUGGGUGGUGGUCCUACUGGCGUUGAGUUCAGUGGCGAGCUCAGUGAUUUCAUAAUGAGGGAUGUCCGUCAAAGAUAUGCACAUGUCAAAAACUAUGUCCAUGUCACCUUGAUUGAGGCAAAUGAAAUCCUAUCUUCCUUUGAUGACCGUCUCAGGCAUUAUGCUGUCAAACAGCUGACUAAGACAGGAGUUCGGCUAGUCCGUGGAAUUGUCAAAGACGUACAGCCUGACAAGUUAAUUCUUAGUGACGGCUCGGAAGUUCCCUAUGGGCUUUUAGUGUGGUCUACUGGUGUUGGUCCUUCACCUUUUGUGAAGAAUCUUGAGGUUGAAAAGUCACCUGGUGGAAGGAUUGGCAUCGAUGAUUGGUUACGUGUUCCUUCUGUUCAAGAUGUGUAUGCAAUCGGUGAUUGUGCUGGUUUCCUUGAAAGUACCGGCAAACCUGUUCUCCCUGCUUUGGCCCAGGUAGCAGAGCGGCAAGGAAAAUAUUUGGCGAAGUCUUUAAAUAGGCUUGGUAAAGCUGGUGGAGGGCGUGCAAACAGCGCAGCGGAUAUUGAUCUGGGAGAACCUUUUGUGUACAAGCAUUUAGGAUCCAUGGCAACUAUUGGAAGAUACAAAGCACUUGUAGACAUUAGGCAGAGCAAGGAUGCGAAAGGCUUGUCCUUGAAAGGUUUCCCUAGUUGGUUUAUCUGGCGCUCUGCAUAUCUUACUCGAGUUUUAAGCUGGAGAAAUCGACUUUAUGUGGCCAUUAAUUGGUUAACUACUUUUCUGUUUGGCCGUGACAUAAGCCGGAUAUAGAAACUGGCAUAGCAGCAGAUCUAGCCACGGAUUCUCCCACUAUAAUCGUUUUGUAGGUGAUAGGAGCCAGUACAAACAAGGAAAUAAGGAAAAGCAUCACAAAUAUAUACUUCGGUAUUUCAUACUGUUCAGCUGUUCACUUAUAGAGAUAACUGGGAGAGGAUAGCAAUCACUCAUGUAAUAAAAGUUUAUUUCUGUUGGUAAACUUUGUAGCUGUCAAUUUCUGUUUUCCAUUUGUUUUUUUGAAAUUGGUGUCAAGUUUCUUGGGAAUUUUUAGUUUCCCAACAAAGGGUAUACAAACCAGACCUACAGUUGACAUUAUCAUAUAAAGAAUUGUGGAACAAGUGAUAGUUUUGACUUUUGGGUAUUAUGGUCUUUUAAUAUAAAACAUCUUGUCAUAAUGAUCAAGGUAUUUAGUUUUGUUCGUUCAGUCAUGAAAUUCUAUGUGACGGUUACAUGCAAAUAGGAUUAUCAAAUCUAAGAGUGUGUUUGGAUUCAAGGAAAUAAAGGAAAAGGAAGGAAAGGGAUUUAGAAGGAGGAGAAAUUUCUUGUUUGGAUAACAAAAUAAUAGGGAAGAGAUUUAGAGGGGAGAAAUUUGGAAGAAAAAUAUGGACAAGUUUUAUUAAGAACACAGUCUCUCCUAAGGUAGAAAGAUUUGGAAGGAAAACCCUUUCCUUCCCUUUCCCUUUCCUUCCCUUCCCUUCUAAACAAACUAUGUACACUCUUCCUCCUUAUCCCUUCCCCGUCUUUCCCUUUCUUCCCUUUCCCUUCCCAUUCCUUUCUUUUCUCUCCUAAUUUGCUAUCCAAACAUAGUGUAAGUAAAGGUUUCUACUUCAAUUUAAAGGUGUGUUUGGCAAUGAACGAUUGAUAAAUUUUUUCAUAUUUUUUUUUCUUAAACACUAUUACCAAGUAUUUUUUUUAUGCUUGUUUGACCAAUUAAAAGGCGAAAAUCAAAUUGAUGAAUGAUGUACUAAAACAAACCAUCAUCAUCAUCAUCAUCAUCAUUAUACCUAAUGUAUCCCGCCCAUAGAAAUACUAUGGUCAGAGUUUGAGAAGGAAAGGGGUGUGGCAACUAAUACCCAUAAAGGAGGAUAUGACUAAAGAGUCCCCCGCUCGAGAUUGAUCUAUAGAAUGAUAGUUCUCUGCAACGAAGAAGGGUUAGUGAAACUUAAACUACUAGCUUGUAUCUUACUAUACAAGCUUGACCCUUAAACAUAACAAAUUGGAAAUAAAUAAAAUACAUAUAGACAAAUAUUAUAACUAGAUAAAAACGAGUAAAAGAAUGAUAUGUAAAGGGCAAAGAAAUAAACAAGAACAUCAACAGAUAGGCAAAAUGGGGUAAGUGGUCUAAGACAUGGAUAAGGCACCUCCAACAACUCCUAUCCUUAGUCAGGUUUGCAGAGAGGUGUAGAUCAUGCAAGUCAUUUUUUAUUUAUUCCUCCCACGUUCUCCUCCCCUCCGUCUUCCUCGACUUCUCUUAUUCUCCACAAUGAUGCUUUCAAUCCUCCUCGCGGGGGCGUCAAAAGUCUUUUUCUGCACAUGCCCAAACCAUCUUAAUCUAUUUUCACAUAUCUUUGCUGAAAUAGGGGUAACUUUUAGUUUCUUUCUAAACUAUUGAUUCCUGAUCCUAUCCAUCACUGUGUUGCCCUACAUCUACCUCAACAUACGUAUUUCUGUAACUUCCACCUUAUGUUCAAAAGUCUUCUAUUCGGGCCAACAUUCUGUCCCAUACAGCAAAGCAAGCUUGAUUACAACUCGAUAAAAUUUACCUUUUAACCUACUUGGAAACUUCCUAUCAUAUAGUAUACUCGCCACUUGAGACAACCCUCUUGUAUUCGAUGAGUAAAAUCUCCAUCAAUCACCUCAUUACUCUGAAUAAUUGAUCUCAAACACCAGAACUUGGUUGUACUUGCAACUACUUCUUUACCAAUGGUCACCUCUGGCUCCCCUAUCUACGAUGUCUCACUAAACUCGCAUUGCAAAUAUUCUGUUAUCGUACAACUUAUGCACAAUCCUCUAACUUCUAAAACUGCCCACCACUCUUCCAAUUUAUUAUUAACUUCCUCUUUAGUUUCUGCUACCAAUACGAUAUCUCAGCAAAUAACAUGCACCAUGAUACAGUCUCACAGAUCGAUUUAGAAUUCUCUUCCAUAAUGACCGUAAAAAUAAAAGGACUUAAUGUCGAUCCCUGAUGUAAUCCUACCUUGACUGGAAAAGACUCUGUUAUCCCCAUCAUUGUUUGAAUGUCAGUUAAUACUCUGUCAUACAUAUCCUGUAUAGCCUCAAUGUACCUAUGUAA